UUCACGUUGAUCUUUAUAUUCAACAAUCAGCUACAGGAUGUGUAGGAGGUUUAAAUGUAAAAUAUCUAAAUAAAGCAUUUACGGGUGAUCAGUUAAGAUAUUAUUUAGACCUUUUGAUGGAUUAUCUGUUAGUAUUAGAAGAAUUACUUAUGUUGGAAAAAGGUAGUCUGGGAAUUCCAGAAAUACAUUAA